AAAUGCUUGAGAGUUUUAAGAAAUCAGCCAUUAAUUUUCUAAUUUCCAAGGAUGACUAAGCUUAAUUUUAUGAAUACAAAUACUUUAUUGGGUAAUUCAAUCCAAAAAAUGAUCAAGAUAAGUGAA